AUUCACAAUAUCUGUCUCCAGGAAUAGGUGUUCUGAUAAUCCAUAGCCAUGGCACUGCUGGACACAGAGUUUGGGGUGAAGGGCAGCAGCAUCAUCAGAGAGUGGAGUGGACAGGUCCAGCCAGCUCUGGUCGCCUCCUUUGUUUUCCUCUUCUGUCUAGAAGCCUGUCUAUGGGUCAGGAAUCUCAGACUCAAGAGAAGGCUGCCAGGACCCUUUGCCUGGCCGGUGGUGGGCAAUGCCAUGCAGCUGGGGCAGAUGCCUCACAUCACCUUCUCCAAGCUGGCAAAGAAGUACGGCAACGUGUAUCAGAUACGACUGGGCUGCAACAACAUAGUGGUGCUCAAUGGAGACACAGCAAUACGAGAAGCCUUGGUUCAACACAGUACAGAGUUUGCAGGUAGACCCAACUUUGUGUCCUUUCAGAUGAUUUCAGGAGGCAGGAGCUUGACUUUCACUAACUACAGCAACCAGUGGAAAAUGCACAGGAAAAUUGCACAAUCUACCAUUAGAGCGUUCUCCUCUGCCAACAGCCAGACCAAGAAAGCAUUUGAGCACCACGUUUUGGGAGAAAGUAUGGAUCUUGUGCAGGUAUUUCUGAGAAUGAGUGCAGAUGGACGAUAUUUUAAUCCCUCUCAUGAAUUUACAGUAGCUGCUGCAAAUGUAAUCUGUGCACUGUGCUUUGGAAAACGAUAUGGCCAUGAUGACAUUGAGUUUAGAACUCUCCUAGGCAGAAUGGACAGGUUUGGAGAGACGGUGGGGGCUGGCAGCUUGGUGGAUGUCAUGCCCUGGCUUCAGAAUUUCCCAAAUCCUGUCCGCAGCAUCUACCAGAAUUUCAAACAUAUAAACGAGGAGUUUUUUGCCUUUGUGAAAGAUAAAGUGAUGCAGCACAGAGAAACCUUCACGCCUGACGUGACGCGUGACAUGAGUGAUGCCAUCAUUAACGCGAUUGAGCACAGAAAGGACAGUGGACUGGCCAAAGACUUUGUUGAAGGAACAGUCACAGACCUCAUUGGAGCCGGCCAAGAAACAAUGUCAACCAUUUUCCAAUGGAUUCUCCUGCUUUUGGUUAAAUACCCCAACAUCCAAACCAGGCUGCAGGAGCAGAUUGACAAAGUGGUAGGCCGUGACAGGCUGCCCUGUAUUGAGGACAAAGCCAGCCUGGCUUACCUAGAUGCUGUUAUCUAUGAGACCAUGCGCUAUACCAGUUUUGUACCCCUCACCAUCCCACACUCCACCACCUCAGAUGUCACCAUCGAAGGCUUCCACAUCCCCAAAGACACAGUGGUCUUCGUCAACCAGUGGUCCGUCAACCAUAACCCUUUAAAGUGGAAGGACCCACAUCUCUUCGACCCCUCACGGUUCCUCGAUGAAAAUGGUGCCCUUGACAAGGACCUGACCAACAGCGUCAUGAUCUUCUCCACUGGUAAGAGACGAUGUAUUGGCGACCAGAUUGCCAAGGUGGAAACAUUUUUAUUUACAGCCGUCUUGCUUCACCAGUGUACCUUUGAGAGCAACCCAUCAGAGGCCCUGACCCUUGACUGUUCCUAUGGGCUCACACUGAAGCCUCUCCACUACACCAUCACAACCAAGCUCAGGGGGAAGCUGCUCGGUCUGGUGUCCCCUGCAUAAAAAUCUCAUCCCAUUAUUGUGGGGGCAUAAAAUCUUGUGAUUUGUGCUUUCAAACAGAGCACCCACUAAUGGACUGCAGUAAUCCAAUGCACUAUAAAAGGUAUGUACACAACAGUGAAUAGUUUUGCUUGGUAGGUACCAACCAUAAGACUUAUAUUGAUACUUAUGUCGAUACUUUACUAUUAUCAUCAUUAGCUAAACUGAUUGUUGAUUGUAUAAAUCACUUUUUGUGACAGAUAACUGAAUCGUGUUUGUUAAUUGUAUCAUUUUAUUAUUUUAAGUAUCUAUUGUUAUACAUACAAGGGUAUUUAGGUUUGCCACCCUAAAUUUGCUCAUAUAAACUGGUGGAAUGAAUUCAUUUUACUGUAAGUGCUUUGUUGCUGCAGUGAUGUGGACAAAUCAUGUGUUAGGCGGGUAUCAUGUUGCCCCUGUAGAUAUAUUUUAAGAAUUAUACCUCCUCUGACCC